UCUCUUUCGAAUAUUUAUCCUAUUUUUCAUAUAUUUUAUUUAAAGUUUUACUCUUCAAAAAUCUUUGCUGUGUCGUCAAUUUCCCUUUUUUUUUUUUUUGUCGUUUGAUGCAUGUAAUCGUACUGUUUUUGUCGAUUAUUGUCUUUGUGAUUUAAAUUGUAGGGAUUAUGAUUUGAGAGUAAUCCGUCUGUUCUGCUCUUGAAUUGGCGACUUUUCACCUAUAAUUAGGGUUUAUCCAUGUUUGGGUGCUCUGUUAGUUUGGAUCGUCUCAUUGAGCUUUCAAAUAUCUGAUCAAGCUAUCUAUUAUUGGGUAAUGGGUAGUUGUGGUAUCAAGAUAUCUCUCCCUGACGAGAAAGGAUGGAACUUUGUACUUGAAUUGGCCUUUUAUUUUCUCUGUGUUUUGCUGAUUUUUCCUCCUAAAUCUAUCCUGGUCUAUUUACUUUGUGCUGUACACUAAUGGAAUGGAGUAUUUCUUGUGUGUUCAUAAAUCUGGAGGGCUAGGAGCAUCAAAGAGUUGGAGGAACUUCCUGGAAAGCGCAUGGCAACGGGAGAAGAUGUUGAUUUGUCAAGUUUGAAGUCUCAGCUAAAUGAAACUCAAGAAAUGUGGAAGUUGGAGAUGGAACGACGCCAGUCACAAGUGGAUGCAUUACAGGCAAAGCUUAUGGAGGUAAAUGCUUGUAUAAAGGGAUCUGAGGAAGAUGCAAAGAAGGAGUUGGAGGUUCUUUGGCGAAGAGUGAAGACCACUGCAACAUUAUUGACCUACUUAAAAUCAAAAGCAAGAAUCAUGGCUAUUCCUGAUUUAGCUCAUACAUCAUGUGGCAUCAAAGAAUUAGAAGGAGUGGGGCUUGUUGACAAGAACGGUGCACCCCUUUCUAGUUGGUCUAGAUCUGUUGAUCUCUCCUCUUUUGACAGUCCAGAUGAAGAAACAUGGAUUAGACUUGGUGAGCAGCAUGGUAGCCAUGAUGAUCAAGAUGAAGCUUAUAUUGGUGAAUUACUCAAGUCUGUACAGAUGGUAACAGAUGUAAUGGAAGCUCUUAUUAAAAGGGUUCUAAUGGCAGAAUCUGAAACUGCAAUUGAGAAAGAUAAGGUAACAUUAGGUCAGGAAGAAAUUAGGAAGAAGGCAAUCCAAAUUGAGAGCAUGUCUUCAAAAUUAGAGGAGAUGGAGAGAUUUGCUCUGGGAACAAAUAGUAUUCUGAAUGAGAUGCGCCAGAGGGUUGAGGAUUUGGUUGAAGAAACUUCUAGGCAGAGGCAAAGAGCUGCAGAAAAUGAACAAGAGCUUUGCCGUGUUAAAAGGGACUUCGAAUCAUUGAAAUCCUAUGUUAGCAGUCUCAUUAGUGUAAGAGAAACGCUUCUUUCAUCAGAGAAGCAAUUUCAAACUAUUGAGAGGCUUUUUGAACGGCUAGUUGCAAAGACAACUCAAUUGGAAGGUGAAAAAAUGCAGAAAGAGGCUGAAGUUCAAAAACUUAUGGAAGAGAAUGUGAGGCUGAGUGCUCUUCUGGACAAGAAGGAGGCUCAACUUCUGGCCAUGAAUGAACAGUGCAAGGUAAUGGCGCUGAGCGCUUCAAAUUUAUGAUUUAGUUGGGGCUGUCUUCUUCUACCUUGUGGUGACUUGUGGACGGUUGUUUCAUUCAAAGCCGAAUUGUGAAUCCACCAGAGAAGAGUCGGGAAUUGAGUAAUACUGAAUUGUGGAGUAUCUUCAAUCAUUUUGCAAAUUUUUAACAUUGUGAAGAGCUAAAUGAACAUGUUUAUUAGUACCAUUCUUGUGCUGUUGGAAAACUCAAGCCAGAAAGCAUUAAUCAAAACAGUUGUUCCAUGUGAAUAAAAACUUGUGUUUUUAAUUAA